AUGCACCCUCGCAAGUGGGUCUACUCCGCGCUCACCGCAGCCCUCGGUCCACGAGCGGCGCCGACUAUCCAGACCGGCCCAUCCUGGACAAUGCCGGAUGAAGGCGAACCACACGCUCGUACUUGGAUGGCGUUCGCCUGGAACGCCUCGAUCUGGACUUCCGACCUCCUCCCAGUCGUGCAGGAAAACCUGGCCGAUGUCGCAGAGGCGAUCAGUCGCUUCGAGCCCGUCUCCCUCCUCGUUCGCUCGCAGGAUAUGCCCCGCGCCAGGAAUCUUCUCCAGGGUGUCUCGAACGUGACGCUGGUGGAAGCGCAACUCGACGACUUGUGGGUGCGCGACUCUGGUCCAGUGUUCGUGCGUCGUGACUCCAACGUCUCGGCUGUCGACUUCAACUUCAACGGAUGGGGCAACAAGCAGAUGCAUUCCAAGGACGCCACCGUCGCCCCUACCAUCGCGAAUGAUUCCGGUGUGCCCCUCCUUCACACCGAAUUGGUGCUUGAGGGCGGCGCUCUGGAAGUCGAUGGGAACGGUACCGCAAUCAUCACGGAGAGCUGCGUGCUCAAUGAUAACCGCAACCCCGGCUGGAGCAAGGCCGAUGUCGAGGCUGAGCUCAAGUAUCUCCUUGGAAUCGACAAGAUUAUUUGGCUACCUGGCAUUCGUGGCAAGGACAUCACCGACGGCUACGACCACAACGUGACCCUCACCCAUCUGGACAUUCUGAAGAACGCCACGGACGCAAAGGGCCGCACGCUCAAUGUGACCACGCUUACCGCGCCCUGGGCCGACAAGCGCAGGAAGGAGUAUCAGGACGACGAGGACUUUGCAGCGGGGUAUAUCAACUACUACCUCGUGAACGGCGGCGUGAUCAUGCCCCAGUUUGGCGAUACGAAGGCGGACAGAGAUGCCCGUGACAUCCUCUCUGCCAUGUAUCCUGACCGCGAGGUCGUGGCUUUCAACAUUGAUGGCAUUGCUGCCGGAGGCGGCGGUAUUCACUGCUCCACGCAGCAGGAAAUUACAAACGACGGCAGCCACAAUGCGACCGUUACUGCUGAGGGCGGAAGCACGACGACCGAAGCAGCGAAAUCCUCUGCGAGCAGUAACAGUGGAGCUGGAAGGUCGCGACGCAGAGGGAAGAUGGGCCUGCUCGCGGGCACGCUGCUUGGUCUCGCCAUGGUCUGA